AUGAAUUUCAAAGGCUGAAAGCUCAUUGCCACCUUCUCCACAAUAUUCUAAUCAGCGUAAGGACUUUUCUUCCUCCUGUGAGAGGCCAAUACUUGCCCCUUAAAUAAACAAAUAAAACAAGCUAGCUAGUUAGUUCGCUCUCUCAUUCUAACGGUCGUCGCAAUGGCAGAAGCGGGGUCGCCACCGUUACCCUUACUUUUUCGGAGACGAUCAAGCGGUGAAAUGAAGAAUUUGGCCACCGUUUCCAGUAGUCUCUUGCCGGCAUUUGGAACAGUUGUUGAUGAAGGAUACCUGAACCUUAAGAAAUAUGUUAUUGCUCCUUAUGAUCGUAGAUACCGAUUGUGGCAAACCUUUUUGGUAGCGCUAGUGUUAUACUCGACAUGGGCAUCUAUUUUCGAGUUAGCUUUCAGAAAAGCAGCCAAAGGGGCACUCUUGAUCAUUGAUUUUGUGGUUGAUGUUUUCUUUGCCAUCGAUAUCAUCUUAACUUUCUUUGUGGCGUACCUGGAUAAAUCAACCUAUCUCCUCGUUGAUGAUCACAAGAAAAUCGCGUUGCGAUAUGUAACGAAGUCUUGGUUCUUUAUGGAUGUAGCAUCGACUCUGCCAUUACAAUUCAUAUACAGGAUCUUCGCUGGCAAAUGGCACACGGGUGAAAUCUUCGGCUUCCUCAACUUGCUUCGUCUCUGGCGCCUCUGGCGUGUUUCUGAACUCUUCAAAAGGUUAGAAAAGGACACACGCUUUAGCUACUUUUGGACAAGACUCCUUAAAUUAAUCUGUGUUACGGUAUUUGCAUUGCACUCAGCUGGUUGCUUCUAUUACUGGCUGGCUGCACAACACAAAACACCAGAUGAUACAUGGAUCGGAGAAGUGGUUGAAGAUUUUAAGCACAGAAGUAUCUGGCUAGGCUACACAUAUUCCAUUUACUGGUCAAUUGUCACUCUCACUACUGUUGGCUAUGGAGACUUGCAUGCAGUUAAUACAGGAGAGAAGAUAUUUAACAUGCUUUAUAUGCUAUUCAACAUUGGCCUCACUGCCUACAUAAUUGGUAACAUGACAACUCUCAUUGUCCAUGCUGCAGUCAGGACAUUUGCCCAUAGAGAUGCCAUCAAUGAAUUAUUGCGUUAUGCAAGCAAAAAUCGGUUGCCAGAAGGGUUGAGAGAACAAAUGCUGGCACACAUGCAACUCAAGUUCAAGACAGCAGAGUUACAGCAAGAAGGAGUGCUACAGGACCUACCCAAGGCUAUAAGAUCCAGCAUUGCCCAGCACCUCUUCCGCGAUACUGUUGAAAAAGCCUACCUAUUCAAAGGAGUCUCUGAUGACCUUGUUUCUCAGCUGGUGUCAGAGAUAAAAGCAGAAUAUUUUCCUCCAAAGGUUGAAAUCAUUUUACAAAAUGAGAUACCCACAGACUUCUACAUUCUAGUAUCAGGAGCAGUGGAUGUGCUGACAUACAAGAAUGGAAUGGAGCAGUUUUUGUCAAAACUAGGAGCCGCAGAUAUGGCAGGAGAAAUUGGGGUAAUUUUCAAUAUCCCCCAACCUUUCACAGUGAGAACUAAGAGGCUCUCCCAGGUUAUCCGGAUAAGUCAUCACCAUUUCAAACAAAUGGUGCAACCACAGAGUGAAGAUGGAAAGAUUAUUAUUGCCAAUUUUAUGCAGUACCUGAAAGGAUUAAAAGAAGACAUGCUACAGGAAAUACCUUUCUUAACAGAAUUGCUGGCAGAGGCAGACCAGACUAUACAGCCUAUUGCACAAAAUGAGGAGCAACAAAACAGGGAAACAAUGGAUUCCAAAGAUGCAAAUCCUGAAGGAACACCAGACACUUCCAGUCCUUCACUAAGUGCAAGCACCAUCCGGGUGAUAAUCCAUGGGCAUCAUCCAACCGAAGGAACAAAAUCUAGUGACAGAUUGGGAAAGCUCAUAUAUUUGCCUGACUCAAUUGAAGACCUCUUCAGUCUAGCAGAGAAGAAAUUCGGAAAGAGAGGCAGCACUAUUCUUAUGGCUGAUGGCUCAGAAGUUGAAGAACUAGAUGCUCUGAGAGAGAAUGAUCACUUAUUCAUUGUUUAAAUGUUAAAGUAAUAUUUGAUCAGUUAUCCAUACAUUGAUCUGUUUAAGUGAUGACUCUAAAUGCAUAAGAAGGUAUGGUGCAUGAUAUUUCUAAAGAAAGAAAUAUUUCCAAUACAGCUGCAUCUGUAUAUGAGUGGAUGUGUGUAUGUCAAUUGUCCACAAUAUUUAGCCAUUGUUAGGGUAGGAUUUAUUUAUGCCCCAAUAUUAACCCAUUUUCAGUUAUUAGGUUCUCCAUAAGGAUAAUGGAAAGGAGGUGCUGGAAACUAUAGAGCUUACAGUUUUCAG